AUGAAACAAGAAACUGGACUGCGUUUAUUCAAGUCGUUGAGAGGGCAUCUAUUCAAGCAAACAAAAGUGAUUCAUAAGUGCUCUAUCGAAGAUACUUAUUCAGUGAUGGAGAGGUCUAAACCCCACUGUACCAAGUUGGCCCUUACGAAUUACGAAUUCAAUUGGCUGUUGCAUAAAAAAACUUUGGUUGAAGAGUUCCAAGAAAAGGUGUCGCCUCCGCUUCCAUGCCAAAUAGAAAUUCAUGCGUUUGUGGACUUGAACAAAUACGCAGAUACAGAGAACCCCAGAAGUGAGUUCAGUUGGCUAAAAACUAACCAAAGAAGGAUCAACCUCCACUUCAACAAAGCACGUAAAAAGCCUACAACAAUUGCAUCUUCGGAUUCAGCGAUCAAAAAACGCAUCAGCUUCGACAAUCAACAAUCCUCCACCUCAGGAAGCAGCAUCCCAUUCACCAGGGCUCCUGAAUCAUCCACCCAACACACUCAUCAAACCAGUACGCUAUUUGAUGCAAGCCCAACAAAGAAAAGUCGCCCGAAAAUAGACUAG